CUGUAUAGGACAGGUUUCGGUUAGCACACGCGAUGCAUUCCUCUCCCAGUGUCAGAGCCGUGCUGGGGGGCGGAGGAGAGACGUGAGAGCAGCAGAGGGAGGGGCACGUAAAAAAGAGAAGAAGAAUUGAAAAUAGACUUGGAAGGAUAUAAACAUGCUACCCUGGACAUAGGUAGGAUAUAGGCAAUGUUGUUAUAUUCAUGUGACAUCUGGUGGGAGGCAGUGAGGUAAACGUACGGGAUAAACACAUACACACACACACACACACACACAGGGGCUGAACGGGAUGCCCGCGUGACUGCAGGGAGGGACGAGGCGGAGUGAGAAGAAGGGGUGGUGGUGGGGGUCUAGGUGCGUGUGGACCACCGCAAAACCCCCCGAGGUGGAGUUGUCAAAGAUCGAAACCGGCAGAGAAAGAUUAAUUCCAGGCCGCCUGCUAUUUUUGGCGCAGUUUAAAAAUCGAUAGGAGACAUUUAUUUCCUGUUCAUGUCGAAGUAACGGACCGAUGUGAUCUCGGGGCUUUGAUUCUGCACACCGUGUCUUCUCAUCGGUGACAGGAUGAGGAACUGACAUAAGGUCGCGGGAGAGGAGACAAAACAUUUUUUUCGGAUUUUGCUGAUGCUGGACUGGACACACGGACCGACCGGCUCCUGUCAUCGCUGCUGGGGCUGAAAACAACGAGCGAUCAGAUGAGUUACAGUGGGAUGCUUCAGAAUUUGCGGCCUGCUCGGGUCUCCAGUUACCGCAAUGCCACUGGCGAGAGGAGGGAGAGGUGGACGGCAGAAGAUGGAGAGGAGGGACCAGAAAAAAGCGAUUGAGUAUACCAAUAAUGUGAAAAUUUAACCCCCCAAAAAUCCCAGUUUUGUGUGGUUGUGUUAUAAUCAGACAAUGACUGAGUAGGAGGAAGAUAUAGACUGUACAUUAGAUGGACUGUAGGCUAUAACGGCCUGUGAACUGCAUGGGGUGAAAGAGACACUGUAUUGACUGAAGCAACCUUAGUAUCGUGGCUGAAACGUCAAAUGAGGCGAGUAAAGUGGCUGUGAGUUUGUAGUGCCUGCUGAUUUCUCAACUUUCUGCUGACAAAGUUCUUGGACUCACUGACUGGACUAUAGUGCACACCAUGGGGCAUUGCGCAGCACCUAUGGCACCUGCCAGUGGAGAGUUUGGUGCAUAAUUGUGAGAGAGUGGAGCUCCGGAGCCAGCAUUUACAUCUCUACCCUCUUCUACCCUCCUGUGCUUUCACCCUCACAAUUGAACUUUGUUUCAUGAAACCAGUGUGAGAGCGUGAAACCCCCCGCCCAACCUCCUCCAGUCACGGAUGAACCCACCAUGCCUUCACCGUCAGACUCCUGCAGCGUGGCUUCGGCCUCGGGGUCUCGAGGCUGGUCAGACAGCCGCAGGGGCAUGUCAGGCCGGGGUCCUGGUGGUGCACGGCUGCUCCUCUACCUGGGGUUGUGCCACCUGGGCCUAGGGGCCAUGGUCCUGGCCUUCUCUUUCACCAGCAUGGCCUUCACCUCCUCAGCUCGCGUGAGGCAGUCCUGUCCAUUUUGGGCUGGUUUCUUUGUGGUGGCAUCAGGAAUAGUUGGGAUAAUCUCAUGGAGGAGACCUUUAACAUUAGUGGUGUCACUGUUCAUGCUGCUGUCUGCAGUGUGUGUGAUCCUGAGUCUGGCCGGCUCGAUGCUCUCCUGUCAGAAUGCGCAGAUGGUCAAGUCGAUGCUCACCUGCCAGGUGGAAAAUGGUCUGUGUGUGUGUUGUGCACCCACUCACUCCUGCUCCAUCACAGAGGAGGAGACUCUGGUCCUCUACCUGAAUGCUGACUGCCACUCAGUCAGACAUCAGUUGAAGGACCUUUUGUUCAGUGCUUGCGGUCUCAGCAUUCUCUCCACCAUCAUCUGUACUUUGUCCACUGUGACCUGCAGUAUUCACAUAUUCUCCCUAGACCUUGUGCACCUGCUGGCCCACCAUCGCACUCGUUCAGUCAACCCAGAAUGCACCACUCCUCAGGAUGCCUUCCUUACCAACAUCAUGGACUUUGAGGAGUUUGUCCCCCCCAUCCCUCCGCCUCCCUACUAUCCUCCUGAGUACACCUGCAGCUCUGAGACGGACGCUCAGAGCAUCACCUAUAAUGGCUCCAUGGAGAGCCCUGUUCCCCUGUACCCCACUGAUUGCCCCCCUCCUUAUGAAGCUGUGAUGGGACAGAGAGCUGCCAGCCAGGCAACAAUGUUUGACCCCCACGGCACUGAGGUGUCUGGAGAGAGAGGAACUUCUACUGCCUUCAGUGGAGAAGUGUCCAUGGACAGUGGAUCUCUGUUGAUGUCAGAGAUUGUGGACAUCCCUGAUGAUUCCUCCCCAUCAGAGGACUCAUGCCUGAUGGAGGUUGGGAUAAGGCACCAGGGAGAGAAGGGUCACAGGACCACUGGUGAGGUGGGAGAAGGGGGAGAUGGAGGGGAGUACAUCAGCUUCCGCGGUCCUCCAUCUCAAACGCCAGAGAGUCCUCUGGCAGGAGGACCAAGAGCCAGACGCUUCCUCAGAGGAGAGAGGUCCAACUCCUGCUCUUCUCCCAGCACAGCCACCAACACAUACAGGUCUCCAGUACUGCGUCGCCAGGCCAUGCUAGCUAGUAGCUGCUCCCAACUGGAAGCAAUAGGGGGCUCCACCUCUCAACAGCAACCCUCCAUCCAGGAGAUUCUAGUUCGCCCCGCACACGGAGCUUCUGCGAUCUCCUCUGUUCCCCCCACUUCAUCCUCCUCUGCUGCCAGUGAGCAGGGCGCUGGUCAGGGUCAUGGGCUGCCCCUCCCACGUCAACCUCUGUACCUUCGACGCAGGGCAGGGAAGAGUGAGAAGGAUGGAGAGAGUGCAAGGGAUAGUGAGGGGCUGCCACGCCUGGUGAGGUCACACAGUGAGCCAGGACUCGGCUCCUCAACUGAUACAGUUGACUUCGGCUCUGGAGGCAGCAAGGCAUCUAUAGAUACAGGUCCCUCCUCUGAGGCAUGUCUGUUGCCGCCUGCUUCUUUGCAUCCUGCUGCUGCUUUGCCCAGGAAAGGCAGCGUAAAAUCUGCAGACACAGGGGUGCAGGUCCCUGCCAAAGCUCCACCCACAUCACCACUGCGUUUACCUAAAGACUGCCACCGUUCACUUGGAGAUCUUAAGGUGACACGAGUUCUGGUGGCUCGUUUCCUGCAGCGCUCGAAACGCAACCUAGCUCCCUCUUCCGAGCAUGCUGGGAGCACAGGGCAGGGGCCUAAGAGGCGGAGUGGAGUUGAGGGUGCUGCCACCAACUACCUACCCCUGGACCAAGUGCUGCGGACACCCUGGAGCACCGUCCGAGGACACCCCAACCAUCACGCUCACCAUCCUCCUCAUCAGCGUGGACACCACCAUUCCCAUAGUGACAGUCGACACAACCGGCACUACGGCAGCCGGGUACCAGAGGGGAUCCACCUGCGCAGCUGUGGAGAUUUAAGCUCCUCCUCAGCGUCACUUCAUCCACUGGUGACACCUUAUCCGCCACAUGGGUCCUCGGGAGCUCUCUUCUCAGAGUCUGCACUGUGAGGACGAGAGACGGGUGAAGGAGGGACUGGGUAGGGAAAUAGGAGGCAUUCAAAAUGGUAGAGUUGUAGGGAAAGACGGCAGGUUGAAGGAGAGUCUAAAGCAGGAUUAUUCAAGAGAAAAUUGGUAUUGAGAUUUCCCUCCGGUUUCUCCUUGUCACUUCUGUUUCCCAAAGUCAUCUGUGCAAAUGGCCUUAUUUAGUGGUGCUCUUUAUCAAUUGGAGCAUUAAGCCCCUUCUUUCACUGUUCAACAUCAGUGAAACAGUUAUUUGAUGCUUAUUUCUGGCUAGUGUCGUCCUCUGACAGAACAAAUCCAUUAUUGGCUGAGACCAGCCUGCCAGAAGGAUAUUCAUCUGUUGAAUUCUUCACCUCCUCCCUCUCAAUUACCAUCUUGAAAUCAUUUUUCCUCAAGACUGGACACAGGACUCGACAAAAACCACCUACUCACAUGUACAUUCAAUCUUCUACAUUAUUAUGGGUUGUAAUUAUGCAUCUGGCCCUUUUGUACAUUGCUAUAUCUCCACACGAUCACUCAGUUGAAGUGAUCAUGGAAACCCUUAUUUUGUCUUCCAUCAACUUCCAUUGAUUAGUAAAAUGUAUCUCAAUAAACAUAUAGUUAGCUGAGUACAAAGUAAGAUAAACAGGUGGGGGGCAAAUGUACAAUACUUUACUGGGUUGCUAAUAUUGACAUAUUUAUUUCUUUUUUGCAAUUCAGAUUCUCACUUUUUUUCCACAGCUCCACAUUGGCCUUCAAAAGAAUGGCAACCAGCAUUUCUAUCACUGGCACCACUGCACGCCACAGACAUACUUCGCCUUUGAAAUGUAUUUUCUGAGGGUGGCCCCAGGACACGGUGGUUUGAUUUGCACAUGUGCAUGUUUUGCUACAGCCUCCAGAAUACAGCAGGAACCUUGUGCAUUUGACCCUGACUGUCUGUGUAUUUAAGUAACAUGUCCUCAGAAUGUCUUUAUCUGCAUGUUUUGAAAACGUUUCUUACUUUUUCCUCCUCUUGCACCCAAGAGUUAUGAUAUUAUAAAUUUGAAAUGUGUUUGUGUUAAUAGAUAGCUGAAGGAAAAGGUCAGAGUCAAAGAUGCACAGUGUUCUGAGAGUUUGCAGCCAGACGACUUUGGAACAAGUUGUUGCAUCCUGAUUCGAUUUUGAUAGGGUCUGAAAAUGUUUCAGUUGCUAUAGCAGCCUGAUCCCGUAAGAUAAAGAGGAGUAAACUGCACUGUGACUCUAAUGAAAUGAUGAGUCUCUUGCAAUAAAUGUACAGACAUCAUUUGUUAUGAGGUUGGGCUUCACACUAUGUGUCGUCAUGGUUCCAUUUGUACUUGCAAAGGUUUUUGAGUGGGUGGGUAAAUGAAGACACAAAAAAAGCCUGGCAAAAAAGAGUCUGGCAGCUCUGAAUACUGGAUACUGAAGUCCAGCAACAUAUGUGUCUAAUUUGAGUUUUUUUUCUUUUUGUUGUGCUCACUCAAUGACGAUAUUGACUCCAUGUCAGUAAACGUACAUAUUGGACACAAUCAUAUGUAUGUAACUAAUUUAAAAAAUGUACACACAUACAAAGGCACACUCAUACACUCCAUUAUGAAGGGACUGAGCUGUGUUUCUACCUCCUGUCUUGCAUAAAUUAUUAUUUAUUUGAAGAAAUGUAUAUCUGUAUGGCAGGCUUAACAGGAUGUAGUCUUGAAACCUGAAUUAUAAAUGUAUCUAAAUAUGACACCUAUUCCGGAUUUUAAAUGCAGUGUCAACGGGAAACUUCCAAUGCAAGUUAUGUAUUUCAGCAUAUCAAAUAAAUGAUAGACAUCAAAU